AAACUGCUGACACCAAAUGGUAGCGGACAGUGGACAGUGGACACUUUGACACCAAAUGGCGGACAGAGCCCAUUGCCAGAAUCAAACAAGAGAGUGAGAGGUGAAGUUCAUUGGAAACGACGGCGGUAGUGGACUUUGACAUCACCCAUCGGAAGCCGGAGCUCCGGUUACUAGGAUAGGGAGACGGGGUAUAAGAAGAUGAUGAAGCAAGUGAAGAGCAAGAUAUUGGUAAUCGGAGUAACUGGCCGCCUAGGUUUUGAGCUUGCUAACGCCAGCAUCAAAUCAUCUCAUCCUACAUUUGGUCUAGUUAGAGAUUCAGCGUAUUCCGAUCCCCAAAAAUCCCAAAAACUUCUUUUACUUUCCAACUCCGGCGUCACUCUUCUAAAGGGUUCAUUGCAAGAUGAAGAAACCCUUAUUCAAGCAAUCAGGCUAGUUGAUAUUGUAAUUUGUGCGGUUUCUUCAAAGCAAGUGCUGGACCAAAAGUUUCUUCUUCUUGCUAUAAAAAAAGCUGGUUGCUGCAAGAGGUUCAUCCCUUCGGAGUUUGGGAUGGAUCCUAACAAAACACGGUUAUCUAACAUGGACAACAACUUCUAUUCAAACAAAGCUGAGAUUAGACGCCUUGUAGAAGCUGAAGGCAUUCCUUUCACCUCCAUCUGCUGCAACUUCUUCACAAGUUAUUUGUUGCCCUCUCUUAUUCAGCCCGGUCUGAGAACCCCUCCACGAGACAAAGUCAGAAUAUUUGGAGAUGGAACGGCCAAAGGUAUCUUUGUAAAAGAAAGUGAUGUGGCAGCUUUUACCAUCAAUACAGUGGAUGAUCCGCGAACUUUGAACAAAGUGAUAUACCUUAGACCUGCAGGAAAUGUCUGUUCUAUGAACGAGUUGGUUGAGGUAUGGGAGUCAAAGAUUGAUAAGAAACUGGAGAAGGAAUAUGUAUCAGAAGAGGAACUCCUACUAAAAAUAAGAGAAACUCCCUACCCAGACAAUAUGGAGAUGGUUUUCAUAUACUCUGCAUUUGUCAAAGGUGACCAGACCUAUUUUGAUGUUGAAACGGCUGGUGGAUUGGAAGGGACACAACUAUAUCCCCAUAUAAAAUAUACCACCAUAAGUGAGUUUCUUGAUAUGCUGUUGUGAAAUUAUAUAUAAAUUUUGCACUUCUCUUUGUGCUAUGAUUGCAUAAAUAUCAUCAGUCUUUGUAUGACCAAUAUUUAAGUAUAUGAUGAUGUCUUAAUAAUCUUCACUUUAGAGGGGCAUUGGUUGUUUACUUAUUUUGAGUUCACAAUUGUUUAGGAUUAGUAUGUAGCCCCAAGUUUCCCUAUAAUAAUACAAGUAAUUUUCUAGCCAUGUGAGCGUCGUAAUACACUUUCCCUUCGACU